CCGGCCGCCCUGCCUGCCGGUUGCCGGGGAGCGGCCGCCGAGGCCCGCCGGGCUGGAGAGCAGGCGGCUCUGAGAGGUUCCAGUCGGGGACUUCAGACCUUCAGGGCUUCCAGCCAUGCAGCAGCCAGCCCUGGUGGUGCCGGACCACCCCAGGCCUGAAGGGGAGCCGCUGCCGGUCCUCUCCUCCGUGCCUCACCCAGCGACGUCUGACUUCGCACCCCUAACACUGGGCGUUGCCAGUAGCCCCAGGAGGAGCCAUCUUCUGAGUCGGCUCAGCUGCUGUCGUCCGUGAGGGCCGGCCCCUGGACUAUGCCAUCUGAGUUGGCGUGUGUGGGGCACUCGGAGGCUGCCCCCCAGCAGCCCGCCGCCCAGGGGCAUCUGCAGCCUGAAGUCAGGAUGCUCAAGGGGCAGCUCCCAAACACUGAGGAAGACCCCGUCCCCGACCCUUGGUCCCUGCCUGACAGCCGGCAGGCACCUGAGAAGAGCCCAGUGCUCCCUCCUAACAUCCCAGCACAAGUCACCGAUGAGGAUCCACAUGCCAAGGCAAGAGCCUUCGCACCGAAGCCGCCGACGAGGCCCCGGCUGGAGCGAGCACUGUCCCUGGAUGAGAAGGGCUGGAGGAAGAGGCGUUUUCGAACCAGCCGGGAGGACCUGGCUGGGCAGAGUGGGGCCAGCCCUUCUAGGGGCUCCCUGCAGGAUGAGGCCCCCGGGACCCCCACCCACAGUGGCUCCCCACCCUGCCUGAGCACCUCCCUGCAGGAAAUCCCCACAACCCGCAGGGCCCCCUGCAGCUUGGGUGGGGGCCCCUCCUCGUGGGGGAACUGUCUUUCUGGAAUGAUCAGCACUUCCCUGGACCUCCUGCACCGGGAUGGGGCCUCGGCUGGGAGCACCCCCAGGCUGGCCAGCCUACUUCCCCCACGCCCGCUGCCUGCCAUGGACCAGAACGUCGCCUCCAAUGCCCUGAGGACAGCAAACAAGGUGGACUCGGAUCACGCGGACUACAAGCUCCGCCUGCAGGCCAGGCUGUUCCGGGCCCACAGCAGCCUCGGCCCUGGCCGGCCCCCGAGCCCCCUGGCCAACGACGACUGUUCCCUUCACUCGGCCAAGUCCACCUUCAGCCUCCUGGCACCCAUUCGUGCCAAGGACGUCCGGAGCAGGAGCUACCUGGAGGGGAGUCUCCUGGCGAGCGGGGCCUUGAUGGGGGCGGAUGAGCUCGCCCGGUACUUCCCAGACCGGAGUGUGGCCCUCUUCGUGGCCACCUGGAACAUGCAGGGCCAGAAGGAGCUGCCCCCGAACCUGGACGAGCUCCUGCUACCGGCCGAGGCCGACUAUGCCCAGGACCUGUAUGUCGUGGGGGUCCAGGAGGGCUGCUCCGACAGGCGGGAGUGGGAGGCGCGCCUGCAGGAGACGCUGGGCCCGCACUACGUCAUGCUGUUCUCCACGGCCCACGGGGCGCUGUACCUGUCUGUGCUCAUCCGCAGGGACCUCAUCUGGUUCUGCUCAGAGGUAGAGAGCGCCACGGUGACCACACGCAUCGUGUCCCAGAUCAAAACCAAGGGCGCCCUGGGUGUCAGCUUCACCUUCUUCGGCACCUCUUUCCUCUUCAUCACCUCGCACUUCACCUCUGGAGAUGGGAAGGUCAGCGAGAGGCUGGUGGACUACAGCAAGACCAUCCAGGGCCUCGCCCUGCCCCGGAACGUGCCGGACACCAGCCCCUACCGCUCCGACGCAGCGGAUGUCACCACCCGCUUCGAUGGGGUGUUCUGGUUCGGAGACUUCAACUUCCGCCUGAGUGGCGGGCGGGCGGCGGUGGAGGCCAUCCUGAAGCAGGACCCGGGGGCUGACGUGCAGGCCCUGCUGCAGCGCGACCAGCUCACCCGGGAGAUGAAGAGAGGGUCCAUCUUCAAGGGCUUCCAAGAGCCAGACAUCCACUUUCUUCCGUCGUACAAGUUUGACAUCGGGAAGGAUUCCUACGACACCACCUCCAAGCAGAGGACUCCGUCCUACACGGACCGGGUCAUGUACCGGAGCCGCCACAAGGACGACAUUCGCCCCAUCAAGUACGCCUCCUGCCCCGGUAUCAGGACGUCCGACCACCGCCCCGUGUACGGCCUGUUCCGGGUCAGAGUGAGACCAGGGAGAGACAACAUCCCGCUGGCUGCUGGCAAGUUUGACCGUGAACUGUACCUGAUAGGAAUUAAAAGACGGAUUUCCAAAGAGAUGCAGAGACAGCAAGUGCUCAAGAACCAGCACUCGAGUACUAUCUGUACUGUUUCUUGAGAAGUUUGCCGAAGGAGGGGGAUUCGCCACCUGCAACGUGGGAGGGUAUUUGGCCCAGACUCCCUGGAAGAGAGAGGAGGUUGCCAUCUGGGACCUCUCCCUGUCUUUGGAUCAGGAUGAGCCGCUCCUGGAAUGGGACCAGCCCGUGCGUACUGACUCACCACCCCCGGAGCUCCCCUCACAGGGCGGCCCGCGCACGGCCCGACGCUGGCCUGCUCGCCCACAGUCCCUGUCAGCCUAGGCGUCAGGGCGGCUUCAAGCGGCUCGCAGGCUCUCCACCCCGCCGCCGCCGAGCCACCGCCGCCUCCUCCUCCCGCCUGGCUGCCGAGCCCUCACCUCCGUUUGCAUGUCCAGAUCCGCAGCCUCCCUGCAGCCCCUAAACACCAGCCAGGAGCUGCCCGUCUUGUCUGAGCUCAGGGCGCCCGGUAGUGCUGGGGAGGAGGCUGCCCGGGGCUGGGUGACCCUGGGAUCUCGGAUCCCACGUCAGGGACCACAGACAGGAUCCGGCUGAGGCUGGGAUGAGGAGGGGCCGGUGGUUCAGGGCCACAAAACCACCUCCCUCUCCUCUCUUGGUCUCAGUGAUUUCAGACCAUUUUCAGAGGCGAAUGGCAUUCAUGUAAGAGGUGAGUUUCCCGGUCAAAGAAACCGUUAGAAGCUUCUAAUGUCACCACCUGGCCCGCCUCGGCCAGCACCCCGCCAUGUUCCAGAUUUCUUCUUCCUCAAAGGAUUUACAGCCCAUCAUUGCUUUGUGUCUUAGCCCAUCUCUUAAAAACAGUGCAGGCUUUGAAUGUGGGAAAAUCUAGGGGCAUUCAAUCUAGUCUUUUAAAUUAUUUAUUUUUCAGUAUUUAUAUUUUUAAAUAAAUACAUAUAUUGACUCUCAAA